UUCAGCCGGGAGUUUGGGCCUUUUCUUGUGUCCGGUUUGUUAAAGGCAUGCCGGCUGCAGCAUUCAAGAGGGCCAUUCCUUAACAAAGGGAAAGAGAUAGAUGUAAAUAAGCUCACAUUUUCAGAAUGAGCGGUUUGCUGUAAGAAGCUGCGGCAGCCCAGAGUCUGCUACUUUGGGCUGGGCUAACCUUUCCCUGUUAAAAAAAUAAUGGAUUAAAAUAUGCACUUUUAAAGUGCGAGUUGCCCUUUCACAUGUUUAUUAGCUAAAUUUCUACAGGCAUGAACACACUCAUCUAGCACACUCUUUCUUGGGAUUCCAAAAAAUACUUCAGGAGAGUUGCAGGAUCACUUUGCUUAGGCCACCUUUGUUCAGAAGAGGUUGAGAUGUGAAAAAUUAUAAUCCAUUGGAAGAAAUCCCUAACCACAGUACCUCCAGAAAGUUCAUUGAUUACCCAAGUCUGAGAUAAAAUUGGUGCCAGAAUUUGGUUUAAACUAAUGCGGAGGAAAACAUUUCCUACUAGUCUCUAGUCUGAGAGUGGUGAACCCUGCAGCCAGCAGGCCUCCUGAAAAAAAAACCCAUGGGUGACAGAAGAUUCAUUGACUUCCAAUUCCAAGAUUUAAAUUCAAGCCUCAGACCCAGGUUGGGCAAUGCUACUGCCAAUAAUACUUGCAUUGUUGAUGAUUCCUUCAAGUACAAUCUGAAUGGUGCUGUCUACAGUGUUGUAUUCAUCCUGGGUCUGAUAACCAACAGUGCUUCUCUGUUUGUCUUCUGCUUCCGCAUGAAAAUGAGAAGUGAGACAGCUAUUUUCAUCACCAAUCUGGCCCUCUCCGAUUUGCUCUUUGUCUGCACUCUACCUUUCAAAAUAUUUUACAAUUUCAACCGCCACUGGCCUUUUGGUGACACUCUCUGCAAGAUCUCUGGGACUGCAUUCCUUACCAACAUCUAUGGGAGCAUGCUCUUCCUCACCUGUAUUAGCGUGGAUCGUUUCCUGGCCAUUGUCUAUCCCUUCCGAUCUCGCACCAUUAGGACCAGGAGGAAUUCUGCCAUUGUGUGUGCUGGAGUUUGGAUUCUAGUCCUCAGUGGUGGUAUUUCCGCCUCUUUGUUCUCAACCACUAAUGUCAACAAUGCAACCACCACCUGCUUUGAGGGCUUCUCCAAACGUGUCUGGAAGACUUAUCUGUCCAAGAUCACCAUAUUUAUUGAAGUUGUUGGGUUCAUCAUUCCUCUGAUAUUGAAUGUUUCUUGCUCUUCUGUGGUGCUAAGAACCCUCCGCAAGCCUGCUACGCUGUCUCAAAUUGGGACCAAUAAGAAAAAGGUGCUGAAGAUGAUCACAGUGCAUAUGGCAGUGUUUGUGGUCUGUUUUGUCCCCUAUAACUCCGUUCUCUUCCUAUAUGCCCUGGUGCGCUCCCAAGCCAUUACCAAUUGCUUUUUGGAAAGAUUUGCUAAGAUUAUGUACCCAAUCACCUUGUGCCUUGCAACUCUUAACUGUUGCUUUGACCCUUUCAUCUAUUACUUUACCCUUGAGUCCUUUCAGAAGUCCUUUUACAUUAAUACCCAUAUCAGGAUGGAGUCCCUGUUUAAGACUGAAACACCUCUGACCACAAAGCCUUCCCUUCCAGCUAUUCAAGAGGAGGUUAGUGAUCAAACAACACAUAACGGUGGUGAGUUGAUGCUGGAAUCCACCUUCUAGGUACGAGAACUGUCUUUGGGUCCAAAUAUGUUUUCUCCUAUGAUUAUUUUCCUAUGCUAUGAAUAAGAGGAAAGAUUAGAAGCUAAUGAUACUGAGAAUAGAUUGAUGUAAUAAAAUACAGUCAGAUACAUUUAUUUGAACAUUUACUGUACAUAUGCUGUUUUGUUCAAUAAUUAUAGGUCAAGACUAAUUACAACAACCAAAAGUAGUUAUCAAACUCUUCCUCUGGUUUGAAAUUUCAUUGUAUUGCAUUAUGUAACUGGCUAGUGGCCUUGACCGGUGAUAUGGAGAUUACUUUCUAACUUUUAAAAAGAUGUUUCCAUUCUGAAAGUAUUUGGUAAUUAGGUUGGGCCUAUAAAUAUAGAACAAAUUCAGGGAGUAUUUAAAAAAACAUUUUGUAUUACUACUGAUAUAUUUUUGUUUGAAUUGUUUGAAUUUUCAUCAAGUUUAUUUUAGCACAAGAACAUAUUUUAGCUUAAAAUAAUUAAGAAAUGUAUCAAGUUUAAAAGAGCUGGCAAAUUUAUUGUAUAUAUGUUAAAAGAAGAAACGUAAGUUGUGUUUGCAUGAAUAUGGAUGAGAAAAACAGAAAAUUAACUGGAUUUAUACAUUUGCAGUAACCAGCUGUGUCAGUUUUUAAAAAUGUUCUUCCUUUUUUUACACUACAUUAAGAAUUUCAUAUGAAACUUCAAAUCCAGGAAGCUGCUAAAUAAGUGCCUCAGGCAGGUGCACAACAAAUCUCGUAAAACAACAAAUGUCUGUAAAUAAUCUAAGCAACACCAACCUUUUUUUCUUCACAUGUCCAAUAUUUUGUUUGAGGGACUGGUUUCCAUAAAAUAGUCUCCAUGUGAAAUUUUGGAGCACAAUGCAGCCAGAAAGCUGCUUCAUUUGUGUCUCAGGAGCAAAUUGAAGCAAGAAAUUAACAAGGUCAUAAAACAAAACAAUAAAAUGCAAAAAAAGUGCUUUUUAAAAUUUGCAUUAAUCAUUUCAGGGGGUAGGAGAGAUUUGUAACUUUAAGUUGCUUGUUUUUUCAAAUUAAAUUUUGGAACACGGUAUAGCCAGAGCUGCUGAAUUUGUGCUCAGGUUGGGAGCUUAUUGAGAAAUUAGUUUACAUAAACUAAACGAAGCCAAUACGAACCAUAAACAAGCAAACAGAAACCCCAGAAAAACUAGAAAACAAUAAGAACAGCAAAAGAUAUUCCUAGCACUUGCACUAAUGUUUUAUUUAUUUUCUGAGGAUCUUUAAAUAAAAAAAUUUGUAUGAAGUUUUGGAGUACAAUAUAGGUAGAACUCUGCUGAAUUUGUGCCCAGGUAAGGCAUGAACUGGAAAAAAAUCAAAGCAAAACAACCCCCAACAAAAAAGAAAAAAACAUGAAUAAUUUAGAACUUGUAUUUUUUGAGCAUUUGUAAAACUUGAAAAAUGGUAUAACAUUAAUAUGAUGCUUUGGACAUAAAUGCAACUGUGUACCAAGUUCAGGGGCAAUUAAAAUCAGUAUUUUUUAAAAAGAAGAGAAAACCUAUUUUAUAACUCACUUAACAAAAGCAAUAAUUAAAAAAAAACUCUACAACUUAUUGGAUGAAGUAAAUUUAAAAAUAGUGAGACUUGUAAGAAAACUUCUGAGUACAAUAAUGCUUUAAAGAUGAUAUAUUGUGCUUAUAUCUGAAGCGAUGGAAAAAUAUGUUCGCAUAUACACUACAGAAAAAAAUCAAAACACCACAAAACAAGAAAAAUAUUCUUAAAAUGGGAAUUAAUCAAUUUUAAGAAUAUCUGGAUGAUACAACAAUUUAAAAAUGCUAAGAUAUCUUGAGUAAAACUUCUAGGAACAAUGCAUAAUAUAAGUUGCUGAACUUGUACCAGAAAGUGAAUAAAAUAUUAAAAACCAUAAAACAACAAAAAGUAUAAAUUUUAAAGCAGUAAGCAAAAUUUUAAACCUCCUUAUCCUUUUCUCCUGAUAGUACCUACACUUUAAAACACUAAACUUUUAAGUAAAAAUUCGUAAGAAUUAUGUAACUCUCAAAACUGGUAAAACUGUUCCUGGGUUAGGAACUAAUAGAAAAAAAUUGCUAAAAUAGAACAGUAAUAAAAAUGAAUUCUUCAAAAUCACAUUACUUUUUCCUCAUUACCUAAAGUCCUAAAAAUAAUCAUGUAUUGUCUUAUGUUCUAGGUAGAAUAUGUACGACAUUAGGUUCAGUUAGAUUCAAUUAGGUUAAGUUAGGUUAAGUUCAGUUGUCAGGUUAUAUUUUAAGAUCAAAUUAGUAAAGUAUGAAUAAUGUUUUUGUUUCUUUUGGUAUUUUUUCUUUUUCAUUUCUUGUAAGUAUAAACUGUGUGUGAACUCUUGUUUGUGCCCUUGGUUCUCACAGUUAUGACAUUUUAGGGUGAUGGCACCAAAACAUUUAAUGGGCUAUGUUAACCAAGUUGACACAAAAUAUAUCAAUAAAGCAGUUUCCUUUUGUAUAAUUGCUGUAUUUUGUUUUGGUUAGUUUUCCAUAUUUCAACUUAUUUUUAUUAAUUUCCA